UUGGGUUUUUGUUACUCGUAAUUUAAUUCGCUAAUCGAAGCGUGUCCAUUGACAAAAUAUAACUUUACUACUGUUGUAAACAAGAUCAUUAUUAAUUAAAAUAAGUAUAUAUACCUAUAUAUGUUAGUAGAAGUAUCUACAUAUUUUACAUACAGUAAAACAAAUGCAAAGUUGCUCCAGUAGAGAUAAAGUUUGACCUAUGUGCCCGAAGCGGGAUAUGAUCAUUUAGUAUACGAUUUGGUUGAGUGAUUGUUAGUGUAAUGUGCUAGUGCUCCAAAAUGUGGAUUUACACAUUGAUAUUUUUCUCUAUGUUUGCCAUCGGACAAAGUCAAGAUGCUACAACAACAACGGCGUCUCCGAAUGAUCUUGCAAAAGGCGAAGAAAAAAUGAGCGAAUACAUUCUUCAAAUUUUGGAGCACUUCAAACAACCGAACCCUGUAGGAAUCCCAGGAGCCAAAGUUCCAGAUCCAUUACGCGUCCCAGACAUGAAACAAUCUGUUUCCAUUGGAACGCUGUAUUUUAAGAACACUGAUGUAUACGGCAUCAGCAAAUUUAGAAUACUGUAUGUCAAUGCAGAAAUUGGGGCUAUGGAGGUUCAUGCAGGGCUCGCAAUCGAUAAGCUUCAAGCUCUUGGAAACUACACGAUGUCAACUUGGCUGAACAGAGUACAGGGCCCGUUCACCGUCGACAUCACUGGAAUUCAAAUUACAGCAAAAGCAAAUUUAGGUGUAGAACGAGAUGGAAAAUUAAGAGCCCAAGAAAUAAAAAUGGAUAUUUCCUUUAGCACGAUUGCAAUGAAUUUUGAAAACGCUGGUUUCUUCGGUGGCAUGUUGCAGGGAAUAGUGAAUACACUAGGAACGUUACUCUUCGAUUCAAUCAAACCUUUUGUUCUUAAAGAAGCUUACACGAAGGCGAGAGAAGAAAUAAAUAAAAAACUAGAUGAAGUUGCAGGUGACAUGCAAUUUCCUAACUCAAUAUCUCCAUUGGAUAUGGUGAUAGCAGAUGUCAGAAAAAAGAUUAGAGAAAUGGAGAUGGACCCUUUUAAAGUCAAGGAUUACAAUGCUACUGCAAGCGUAUUUACUAUAUCAUUAACUCAUACGUGGCUAACUGGAUUAUCUUCAGUUCAACGAGUGGGCAAUAUAACUCUGAAAAUGCAAAAUAACACGGUGAUUGCCGAUUUUGAUGUCGGAACUCAAAAACUUGAAGGGACGACACAGUGGGAAUUAUCUGCAAUCAGUGGUUUACUCUCGAGAGCUGGUAGAUCGUCAUUUUCCGUAGAAUAUAUUAGUGGGAGGAUUAUUUUGGCCCAGCCCCUCGACACUAGGAAAAAGCCAGAGUUCGUGGAUUUAGAUCUUGAUAUUGGAAACAUACAAGUACGUUUCGACGGAGCUGGAACUUUGGAUUACGUCAUUGAAUUCGUCAUAAAUGUCUUACCAAAUCUUUUACGAUACCAAAUAAUAGACGCUUUAGAAAAUCCUGUCAUUGAGAAGGUUCAAGAGGAACUUAAUAAAUUAAACGUCGAAGAGAUGAUUAAAGCGGAACUUCCUAAGAUAGACGAAAUGGAAGAAAGUGGAUUAAAGCUCUCGGCUCUUCUUGUACAAACUGAGAAUGAAGAACCAUAUGAUGAAGAUGAUUUUUUUAAUUUUUAGUGAUCAAAUUUUCAUAUUUUUGUAGAAAAUUAUUGUACAGAUUAGUGCUAAAUAUGUAUUUAUAACAAAAAUAAAGUAAGUCAAUUUUUUUAUAAGUUAAACAAUUUUAUUUUAAAGAAACACAGUGACGCAGAUAAUGUACAAAAACCUAAAAAAUUGUUAGGUAUGUACCAGGUACCAGCCAUCAGACAGCUCUCUUCAAUCUAGAUUCUAAAGCAUUAUCAGACGAAAAUAAAAUCGUGAGGCGUAGCGUAACUGAGCAGAUAAAAUACUCGUAUAUGUAAAUGGUCGUUCUGAGAUGUUACACGAUGAUAUUGACGGAUUUACUUUUACACACAUUUUGACUGUAAAAUUCGACUCGCCGCAUGAUUUUAUUUUGAACCAGUUUGUACCAAAUUUCAGGUAUUUAAAACGACGAUACGAAAUUUUAAAUCAAUCAUUCAAAAGGAAGGAGAUAAAAUUUUUAAGUACUCAAAAAAAGCUUAGUAAAAGCGUUUUAUAAGUAGAGAUAAUAUUUGUGCCUUUACCUAUGCACCAAACGCACAAUGCUUUUAUAAGCGCUAACUCGCCAACAAACUGCACAGCAGUUUGGCGAGAUGUAAAUUAUAAGGAAUUCUUGUGCAUUAUGCUAAAUAAAAUAAAAAAAUCAAUACAAGAAAAUGAAAAUAAUU